AUGGCGGUAAUUGACUCAUGCAGUUCUAUUUUGGCUUUUAAUAUGCAUAAUGAUCAAUAUUUUCCUCUUAUGAAAUCCGAUUUAAGUCUUUGUGAGACCAUAAAGGUCGGGGAAUUUCUUUGUGCCAACAUCCGCAUACGAUACAAUGUUGGUUCCGAAGCAUGUGCGUGUGAAAUCAACCUAUUAAACAACAACACAACACCAAACUGUCGGUUGAAACACACUGUCAACACUCUGACUUGGAUUCCCUUGAAUCACAAAAAUCAAUGGAUUUAUGCGACAUCAACAUCUUCACGAGCAACUGCAGUAUGUAAUAAGGAAAUCAUACCACUAAAUAUAAAAGGUUCAGGCUUAUUGACGAUCGAUCCAGACUGCGUGCUUAAAAAUAACUUCGUUUCCGUGCAAGGACAACAAAUAAUUGCAAGCACGUCAAGAUAUUCAUACAGUAGUCUUGGUAAAAUCUUCGAAUUAAGGCUACAAUCCCCUAUGAAGACAUCAGAUGCUUACAGCAGCAACAGUACACUGUCAACAUUAUGCUACAACCAAUACGAUCAACAGCUGAAAGAGCUCACAGUAUUGCAGAAGGUUUUGCAGUCUUUCCAGAUAAAUGAUCUUCCAAAUCAAUUUCAGUCACAAAAGUACCACAGCUUCACCAUAGCUUACGCAGCACUCGUUAUAAGUGUGACAUUAAUCAUUAUCAUGAUGAAGAAGAAAUUGCAGAAAAAACCGGUAAACCCAAUUGAAGCUCCAUCCGAUAAAGAAGCCACCCGCACGACACCUGCACCCAUGCCACGUCGACAGUCACGAGAAUUCGUCGUUGACAUAUAG